AUGUCCGACGAGCCCGCCACCAACGGCGUUGUGACGCCCACCACGCCCAAGAGGAGCAGUCUCGCCUUGACCGAAUACAGCGCCGCCCCGACACCCCCCAACGAACGGGCAGAGCGAAUCCCCGGCUUGCCUCCCAACUGGGGCAUCCCGAAUGAUUUCCUGCUUCCUAAUGGAUAUCCCGAUUAUCUCCGAUUGAUCUUGACUUCCCGCGUUUACGAUGUUAUUGAAGAGACCCCGCUGCACCAUGCCGUCAACCUCAGCAACCGUCUGGAGAGCCGAGUGAUGCUCAAGCGGGAGGAUCUGCUUCCCGUUUUCAGCUUCAAGCUUCGGGGCGCAUACAACAAGAUGGCCCAUUUGAACCAUGAGCAGCGCUGGAAGGGUGUCAUUGCCUGCUCGGCCGGUAACCAUGCGCAAGGUGUUGCGUUCUCGGCUCGCAAGCUUAAGAUCCCCGCGACCAUUGUGAUGCCCUCGGGUACCCCCGCUAUCAAGCAUCUCAACGUUGCCCGCCUCGGUGGUAGUGUGGUUCUCCACGGAAACGACUUCGAUGCCGCCAAGGAGGAAGCCCACCGAUUGGAGAAGCAACACGGCCUUACCAACAUCCCGCCCUUCGACGAUCCCUAUGUCAUUGCCGGUCAAGGGACCAUCGGUAUGGAGCUGCUGCGUCAGGCAAACCUGGACAAGCUGGAAGCCGUCUUCUGCGGCGUUGGCGGCGGUGGUCUGAUUGCUGGUAUUGGCGUUUACCUCAAGCGCAUUGCCCCGCAGGUCAAGAUCAUUGGUGUUGAGGCCUACGAUGCCGACGCCAUGACCCAGUCUCUGGACGAGGGCAAGCGUGUGUUCUUGAAGGAGGUCGGUCUGUUUGCUGACGGUGCUGCCGUGAAGUCGACUGGCGAGGAGACCUACCGCGUCAGCCGGGAGGUUAUUGAUGGCAUGAUCCAGGUCUCCACCGAUGAGAUCUGCGCUGCUAUCAAGGAUGUGUUCGAGGACACUCGGUCCGUUGUUGAGCCUGCCGGUGCUCUUUCGCUGGCCGGUCUGAAGAAGUACAUUGCUCAGAACCCUAGCCCCGACACCAACCGCGAGCUGAUCGCCAUCAACUCCGGUGCCAACAUGGAUUUCGACCGUCUGCGCUUCGUCGCUGAGCGUGCCGCCCUCGGUGAGCGCAAGGAGGCUCUCCUCAGCGUCAAGAUCCCCGAGAAGCCCGGCGCCUUCGCCAAGCUGGUCGAAGUCAUCCUGCCCCACGCCGUCACUGCUUUCAGCUACCGGUUCGCUCGCGCGGACUCCGCCGAUGUCCUUAUGGGUAUUUCCCUGUCCGCCCUGACCGGCCGUGAGGACCUGGCUAAGAUCAUGGAGGAGCUCGAAAAGGCCAACAUGACCGUCCGCGACCUGAGCGACGACGAGCUGGCCAAGCGCCACGUCCGCUUCCUCGUCGGUGGGCGCGCCGAUGUAGCCGACGAGCGCCUGUUCAUGUUCGAGUUCCCCGAGCGACCCGGCGCUCUUGCCAAGUUCCUUACCACCCUCCGCCCCAACCAGAACAUCUCUCUCUUCCACUACCGCAACUAUGGCGGUGACGUUGGCAAGGUCCUUGCUGGUAUCCAAUGCCCACUGGCCGAGAAGGAUGAUUUGGAGGCAUUCCUUCGUGACCUGGGCUAUCCGUUCAGCGAGCACACCGAUUCCCCCACCUACCAGACUUUCCUCCGGAGUUAA